CCCGCGGAAGGCGGAAGUGUGCGCUCAGAAGCGGUCGUGAGGAUCCGCGGAGGUGUCCCCGGCUGGUACCCGGCUGCUUUUCCGCCUCUGGGCGCGGGGACACGGAGGCGGCCAGGGACAGCGAGUGGGGGACGAUGUCAUGAGGCAGCCGCAGGGCCUGGCGGGGUCUGGAGGUUGACCGUCCCUGCCGCCUUCCCGCGAGGCCGCCUCCUCCAGGCAGUCGCCCGUCCCUCUCAGGGUCUCGCAUCCUCCGUGGUCCCAGAGCCUCGGACCGGGGCUCCCGGCCCCUAGACCCCGCGCUAUGACCGCGGCCGCCGCCUCCAACUGGGGGCUGAUCACGAACAUAGUGAACAGCAUAGUAGGGGUCAGUGUGCUCACCAUGCCCUUCUGCUUCAAACAGUGUGGCAUUGCCCUGGGGGCUCUGCUGUUGGUUUUCUGCUCUUGGAUGACGCACCAGUCGUGCAUGUUCCUGGUGAAAUCGGCCAGCCUGAGCAAACGGAGAACCUACGCAGGCCUGGCGCUGCACGCCUACGGAAAGGUGGGGAAGAUGCUGGUGGAGACCAGCAUGAUCGGGCUGAUGCUGGGGACCUGCAUGGCCUUCUACGUUGUGAUUGGUGACUUGGGGUCCAACUUCUUUGCUCGGCUCUUUGGGUUUCAGGUGAUCGGUACCUUCCGUGUGUUCCUGCUCUUCACGGUGUCCCUGUGCAUCGUGCUCCCGCUCAGCCUGCAGAGGAACAUGAUGGCCUCCAUCCAGUCCUUCAGCGCUAUGGCCCUCAUGUUCUACACCGUGUUCAUGUUUGUGAUCGUGCUCUCCUCCCUCAAGCACGGCCUGUUCGGUGGGCAGUGGCUGCAGCGGAUCAGCUACGUGCGCUGGGAGGGCGUCUUCCGCUGCAUCCCCAUCUUUGGCAUGUCCUUCGCCUGCCAGUCUUGGCACUCGCUGGCGUGGACCCUGUCCCAGCCCACGGAGCUGCUCGGCAUUGAGAUGUUGCAAAAAGACGGGACCUUUGCUGCUGGAGGCUACAUGCCCCCUCUGCGGUUUAAAGCGCUCACCCUCUCAGUCGUGUUUGGAACCAUGGUGGGUGGAAUCAUGAUCCCCAACGUGGAGACGAUCCUGGGCCUCACGGGAGCGACGAUGGGAAGUCUCAUCUGCUUCAUCUGCCCGGCUCUGAUCUAUAAGAAAAUCCACAAGAACACCCUUUCCUCCCAGGUGGUGCUCUGGGUUGGCCUGGGCAUCCUGGUGGUCAGCACACACACUACCCUGUCUGUGAGUGAGGAGGCCCCUGUGGCUGGCCGGCUUGAAGAGGCCGAGGGCAUCAUAAAGGCAGAGGCGGCUCGGCUCCCAGGCCAGAAUCCAAUUGUGGACGUGGCCGAGGACGGCCGAGACAAGCCGAAGCUGCCAAAUGAGAAAGAUGAGAUGGAGCAGGCCCAGAUUAAGGGCCCUGUGGACGUGCCCCAGAGAGAAGGCGCCAAAGAGAAAGAGGAGGAGGCGCAGCUGGACCGGCCCGGCCAAGGUAUGGCGGUACCUAUGGGCGAGGCCCACCGCCACGAGCCCCCUGUCCCUCAUGACAAGGUGGUGGUGGACGAAGGUCAAGACCAAGAAGAACCAGAGGAGAAUGAACAUCCGUCCAAGCAUGUGGAUGAAAAGGCUCUGGGGGGCAAGGCUCAGAUGGCACCGCCUCUGCCAGAUUCAGAAAGAGAGAGACCCAGACAGGACCAGGUCUUGGAGGCAGCAGGUGGUCUCCCUGAAGAUCCCCAGAAGGUUCCAGAAGAAAAUGGUCAGCCAGCCAUCGAGCCCGUGAAGGAGGACCAGGGGCCAGGCGACAGGGGUCUGCAGCCAGGACCCCAGGCAGUGCCACCCGAGGGGCAGGACGCCCCGGCAGCUGGUGCAGGGGAGAGAGCAGGUGGGAAGGCUCCCCUCCUGGUGAAGCCGGCCCCUGAGGCCGGGCCGCAGGUGGAGCCGCGAGAGCAGAGGAACGCGGAGGGCCGGGGCGGAGGCCACACCGGCAGCAAGCUGGAGGCUGAAAUCAAAAAGAUGGUAGCAGCAGCCGGCCGGGCGGAGAUGCUGGACCACGCGGUCCUGUUGGAGGUGAUCAAAGAGCAGCAGGUGCAGCAGAAGCGGCUCCUGGACCAGCAGGAGAAGCUGCUCGCGGUGAUUGAGGAGCAGCACAAGGAGAUCCACCAGCAGAGGCAGGACAGCGAGGAGGCUGAAGUGCAGCCAGAACCUGGGGUGGCCGCGCCCAGAGGUAAGGAGCAGGAGGCCCACGAUGGGGGGACAGUGGAGCACCACCCCCAGCAGCCUUUGGAACCUGCACUCGGAGCUCCCCGGCGGCCCCCCGCUCCGCCCCAGGGACAUGGCCAGCGUGCCGUCGGGGAGCCUGAGGGGGCUGUGGGCGGAGCUCCAGCCGGUCCUCCUGGCGCCUCCGACACGGAGCCCCGGGCAGCCCGGGCUGAGCCGAGGGAAGGCCGGCAGGGCGUGGUGCCCGCAGCUGGCGCUGGCCUGCCAGACCGAGUGCCUGUGCCCGGCCUUGCCGAGGGGCCCAGGAGCCCAGAGAAGCUCGUCGCCGGUGAACUCCCCGAGCAGGGUCAGGACGCUUUUGGCAGAAGCUCCCAUGAAAGGAAGAAAUCCCGAAAAGAGGUGGCCACCAGUGACAACGUUCAGGAGGCAGAUGUGCCGGGGGCGAGGGAGGUUGGGGACCCUCACGUGAGGUCCCAGCCAGGGAGCCGAGACCGGGGACCUGCAGGCCUGUCCAGCAGGUCGGGAGGAGCAGCCCCUGGGGCCCAGGCGGAGAUUCGUCAGUUGGAACACCAGGCCGUUUCUGCUGGGGGUCAGGGUGGGCAGCAGGGUGGUCACCUGGAGGCCAGAAAGGAGGCCAUCGGCGAGGACCAUGUGCCUGCUCUGGGGGAGGAUGCUGCCGUCCAAGAGCUGGAACGGAGGCAGGACCCUGAUCUGGGGCCCAAACCAGCCAUCCCUGGGGCUCAGAAGCCAGACCACGCCAAACCCAACCGAGAACUCAAAGUCCAGGCCGGUUCUGACCUUAGGAGGAGACGGCGGGAUGUGGCUCCUGGGGCAGGGGGAGACCCGGCCCCAAGGGACAGGGUCAUCAUCAGCUUUAACCCUCUCCCGGACGUGCAGGUCAAUGACCUCCGCAGCGCGCUGGAGACCCAGCUCCACCAGGCCGCGGGGGGCGCGUUGCGGGUGGUCCACGGCCGCCAGGUGAAGCAGCUGGCCGGGGCCCCGGAGGAGCCCUGAGCAGCCCCUAAUGGCCGCGGUCCUCCUGGUCAGCGGGUCUCAGCCAGCCACGCUGGGGCCAUGUGGGCGCGGAGUUAGAGGUCACGCUGUGGCUGGGGGUCUGAAAGGCCUCUCACCAUGGCCUCGCUGUCCAGAUGGCCUGUGCCUUCUCCAUCCCGCAUCUUAAACUUAUCCGAGUGACUGAGCUCACCAGGACUCAGACAACGCAGCGUCCGCUUGGGCCUCGGGAGUGGCCGGCCGGGGAGUGUGGCCCGAUGUUGACGCGGGCUGCGGUGAGAGCCCACCGUGUGCCGGACUCCCGUUUGCUCUAAACGGUCGUCAUGACUGAUGUUCCAGGCAUCAUGGAGAACCGUAAUGAACUCUGCCUCCACGCGGCUGCUCGGUGGAUGCGGCUUGGUGUCUGCGGGGCCGGGACUGUGGGCGUCUCGGGGGUCAGAAAGCUGCCCGAGAGGCGCCCGCCUCUGCCCUUGUCACGGUCCUUGUGCUCUCUGCGCUCCCUCCGCUUCCCCAAACUAUAAAGUUGUUUUACAGAUAA